CAAAGUCUUUCAUCACCAAAAUUUUGCUAAAAAAACAGCACAAUCUACGUUCACAAUUCUGCAAAAUCUCUUCUGAGUUCUAAUUUUGGCAAAAGUUUCCUAUGGCUUCCACAAGUUCUACUUCUACUUCUAUUUCUACUUUCAUCCCACAAUGGAAGUAUGAUGUUUUCUUGAGUUUUAGAGGUGAAGACACCCGAUUCAAUUUCACUGAUCACUUGUAUGCCAAUUUGAUUCGAAGAGGUAUUACUACCUUUAGAGAUGAUGAAUCACUUAAGAGAGGGGAAGAGAUUGCGCCUGAACUCCUAAGAGCUAUUGAAGAAUCAAGGUUUUCCCUAAUAGUUUUCUCGGAAAACUAUGCUGGUUCCAGAUGGUGUUUAGAUGAGUUGGUGAAGAUCAUGAAGUGCAGGAAAGAAAUGAAACAAACUGUGGUACCGAUUUUCUACCAUGUGGAUCCAUCCCAUGUACGGCACCAGACAGGAAGGUUUGGAGAGGCAUUUUCCAAUUACAAAGAAGAUACAGAGGAGAUGAAAGAGAAGGUGCGAAGUUGGAGGAGUGCAUUGACAGAAACAGCCAAUAUAGGUGGAGAGCAUGUGGAGAAGAAUGGGGGAUGAAAAAUGUUGAGGCAAUAUUCUUGGACUUGUUGAGAUCG